CUGGACAAGGCUACAGCCAGCAGCAAGGACCGAACCAAAGGCCGGGUCAAUCUACUAGUAACCGCGGUCAUUCGUCCAAUACAGUACCCAUGCCGCUGCCCCGGUAUGCAUCAAAGCGAUCUUGGGAAACCCCUACGUGGCAGCAGCAGCAACCGCAAGGGCCGGUCUACAACCCCAGCGCCAACGUCCCAACGUGGGCGACUACUAAUAGUAGUAGUAAUGGUCAAGCAUGGUCUCAGCGGGGACGGUAUGAGACACGGCCAAUAGCCGGUGGUGACACGGAUGUGGGAGGCUUCGCGGGUUAUGUUGAUGCCCCGAUGGGCCUCCUAGCACCGCUGCCCUUCCCGCCGCCCACACCAGACGCUGGCUGGCCGCCACCGCUCAGCUCAGUAGGUGUACCCCUUGGCAAACCUCUCCCACCCGAUUACCGCCCCCGUAAUUACCGAGAUCUCGAUAAUGCAACUACUGAGUCGAACCCGACGGUGGCGAUCGCUCGGCCGAUAUCGCAUCCUCUUGAGCAAGCUCAGCAGUCGCCACAGAGAGCUGUGGGAGUUCUGACGAUGCUCGAUGCUAAUAGGGGUCUAAUACAGUCCUCGACCACUGGAUCCACUAAGGUAGUGUUCCACGUCAGCCAGUGCAGCAACUCCCAGCAGAAACAGGCGCUGUCCGAGCGUCUCAAGCAUACUGCAGUAGCGGGGAAGAAGCUGCCCGUCACAUUUGCGGUGUCCCAGCUCCCGAACGGGACGUGUGUGGCGAAAUCGGUCUCGAUCAUCGGUGCCAACCCUGACGCGGUGACGAGAAACCCUCAAACUGCAACCCAAUCGGGUACGCCGGCGGAGGUCCUAGAAAGAGCCAGGAAGGUCCAGGAGGCCGCUGCUGCUGCUGCUCGUGCCUCAGCCAAGACCAUGCAUUCAGUAGCGAAGCGUUCCAAGGGCCCGUCUCCCAAGGCUAAAGCUAGCCGUAAGAGAAGGAAGAGCCACCCGAAGGUUGGUUCUGUGGCCCGUCCCCCUCCUGCUCGAGUGGACAACCCCUCGAAUGCAGCCAAGGCUUCGGGAGUUGCCUCCCCUCGUGGUUCCGCACCAGUGAAGAGAUCAGACGCACUUCCUAAGGCGAAACCAGAACUUAAGAAGCCUCAGCUGCCGGCCCAGCCGCUCGCUCCGAACGAUCUUGCCAAUCCCAAUGUCCCACUGCCCGGCAGUCUCGGCCAAAUUGCCAUCCCAAGUGGCUUCCCCCCUCCUCCUCCCCCUUCUUCGGGACGUCUGCCUAUCCCCGGACCUCCCUUGGCCCAGCAGCCUCCUAAGAGUGGCGUUGCUCCUGAGGCGAAAACCCCGUCCAAGCAGCAAGAUGAGCAAUCAUCGACGGUGGUUCGUGACUGGCGCUCGAAGGCCUCGGCACCUAGUGCUGCCCCAGCGAGUGGUGAAGACUUCGCAUAUAAGCGGUCGGCUGAACAUCCCCUCCGGUUGGUGAGCAACCCUCCGAAACCCAAGUCGCCCCUCAAGGCCCCUCCAAAGUCAUCUGGGGCUCCCAAAGACGUCCACAGUGUAGCGGCAUCCCGUAUUGUGGGAAAAGCUAAGGGAACGAGUCCAUCCUCGUCGUCGGCGCCAAGCAAAGCAGCUCCACCAAAGCUACCGAUUGACUCUAGGAUGGAGAGGAGCAAAGCCUCGAAUAAUUUCCAUAGUCAUGCAAGGUCGAUGUCCCGUACGUCGACAGACUCCUCAGCGGUCUCUGCCAUCUCAGAGGUUACCCCCACAGGAGCGCGCACUCACGAGGAAAUCCCCGAGGACGAUCUGGACUUCGUGUGCGAUAGUGAUGCAUUCUGCCACGGGGAGAUCAUUUUUAAAGAAGGCUGGCUGCCCUCGGACCCUCCCGCCGUUACGGUUACCCUGCUGGGUAGCACCUGUGAGGACAUCUCGCGAGUUAUCAGGAGGAUCUGUGCUGAAAAAUCGUGUGUCUCUCUGGACGUGGUCGAUGUCCCAAUCGAACGAGGGUAUUCCACCCGCGGCUCAGUACUGGCGAUUGGCACCCGCCACGGUGUCAGCGUGAUCGGAUGUGAUGGCCCCAAUAGUGGGAGGCCCAGAAGUGACAACGAGGAGUGGACAGUUGCGAGGACCGUAUUGGCUAAUCAUCUCUUUGGUCGAGCAGCAAGCCGCUCGUCCACUGUGCCUCUGGUUGUUGAUAACUCUAACGGUGCGUCUAGACUCUGUCGUUUCCUGGGAAUGCAUGAUUUGUCUCGAGAGGAGGCUCUGCAGUGUGUGGACAUUGUGGAUGCAAUAAAGAAAAUGCUAGUACAGUCUGAAAAGGGAGGGUCGGCGCUACCGCCACACGCUGAUGCGCUCAUGAAGGAGAUCCGCAUGUUCCAUGACGCUCGGUCAAUACCCGUGACCCUAUCAAGUCUGUGUAAAUUCUUCCAUCGUUCUUCUUAUCGAGUUCAGCUUGGGUCGACUCAACAGACCACUCGGGCGUUUGACCUCGGUCACACUGCCUUCUAUACUCGGCGUGUAUUCGAGCAGUUCAAUGAGAGAUUCACCGGGAGAUCGGAAACGCGGAAGAGGAAACGGCAGCCAACUAAGGACGAUGCUAGGGUCUCUUCUCCCAACAUCGGCCGUAAUAAUAGUAGCCCGUCGCAGAGUGUAUCUCGGCAACAUGGUGGACCCGUCGGAACUUCGGGGGUGUCAGAGCGUGUAAGUAAGGUACAACGUACGGAGGGGAAAGGAACACGCAAUGGGUUGAGCGAGGGUGAUAGAAAGCUAGUAAAGGAUGCUAUACUGAGUUUCAUCCAAAGAGAGUUACAUCGUAGUAAGAACGCCUGGACUUGAAUUUCUUGUCACCGUCCGGCUGUCUGAACCGACGUGCCAUGUGCGGUGGUAGUAAUAGUAACAGUAGUUUUGCUACAGAGACAGUACUGGCAGAGAGGCCUUAUGACUAUAUGUACCAUUCUUCCGUCCUUAUCUUCAACGUAU